AUGAAAUGGCGAAGAUUUGUAUCGUUCCCUAUUCUAGCAGUUUUGGUACUAAUGGAAAUGGUCUAUUAUGGUACAGUUUUCGUAUUUCUUGAUGAUUGGUUAGGGUUACAGAGCCCAGCAGGUUGGAUAAACGCCGUGAUCUUCACUUCGUUGGCAUCGUUCACUCUUUUCUCGUUUUUCGUCUCCGUUCUCACUGAUCCUGGUGGUGUCCCAUCUGGGUAUUUCCCUAAUAUUGAGGACAAUGAUGGCUCAAAUCAAGAAUCGAGAGACGCUGAAGCACUUAAAAAAAGAUGUGACAAAUGUCCUGCAUACAAGCCUCCAAGAGCACACCAUUGUCGAGUUUGCAGAAGGAUCAUCAUUGCACAUGGAUAA